CGCCCCGGGCCCAGGCGGCGGCGGCCCCCGCGUGGAUGCGGCUCUGGAGCCGGCGCUUCGCCCUGCACAAACAUUUCUAUAGGACUCAUUCGCCCUGCUGAGGAGAUCGGCCCAGACCGGCCGCUUUCCCUCCCUUCCCUUUCCCCGCUGCCCCGGAGACCGCCGGCGCGGCCCGGCCCGCAUGGAGGCCCCCGGCGGCGGCGCCUCGCCGCUGAGCCCCGCGCUGGUGGGGCGGCUCCGGCGGGAGCACGAGAAGGUGGUCACUGGCUGCCAAGAAAAAAUCCAGCACUGGAAGAAGGUGGAGAGUGAUUAUGAGGCUCUUCAGGAGCGACUGCAGACAUUGCCUGACAAGUUGUCCUACGAUGUCAUGGUACCUUUUGGUCCUCUUGCCUUCAUGCCAGGAAAGCUUGUCCACACCAAUGAGAUCACUGUUCUGCUGGGGGACAACUGGUUUUCCAAAUGCUCAGCAAAGCAGGCCAUUGAGCUGGUUGAGCACAGGAAAAAACAUGUAAGGAAAGCACUGGAUGAUUUGCAAAAAGUCAUGAAGAAUUUUGAAUCACGAGCUGAAUUCACAGAAGAUUUGCAGAAAAUGAGUGAUGCUGCAGGUGAAUAUGUUGACAUAAGAGAAGAAAUUGAAGAUGAUAGCAUUGAGACAAAAGGAAAAUACCGAACUGCUCACAAACCUCAUUCAAAGCCAAAAGUAUCAAAUGUUUUUGAGGUAGAUUUUCCAGCAAAUGGAAAUGAUACAAAACCAAUGGGUCGUUUUCAGUCAGAGGAGGAGCUGUGGGCCCGUUUAGAAGAGCUCGAGAGACAAGAAGAGAUGCUUGGUGAACUUGACAGGAUGCCCGAUGCAGUUCAGGUAAAUGGAGAAGAUGCAACCUCUUCUGAAGAUGAGAGGGAGGACAAGGACACAGAUGUGAAUGGGACCUGUAGGGCAGAGGACUGUAUUACUCAGGGCAACUUCCAUAAAGAAUUUGGGAAUUCAGACUUGUUUGUGCACCACCUUAAUGGCUCCACUUACCACAGUGAUGAUGAAGAUGACAGAGAUGUUGGACAUAACUCUGUUCCAACUAUUUAUUUCUCUCACACUGUGGAACCUAAAAGGGUAAGAAUAAACACAGGAAAAAAUACUACUUUGAAAUUCAGUGAGAAGAAAGAAGAGGCCAAGCGUAAAAAGAGGAACAGCAGUGGCAAUGGCCAUGCAGCUCCAGAGCUGCCCAUCAUCAAAACCCCAGCAGACAUUUACAGAUACUUUGUUGAUGUUGUGAAUGGAGAAUAUGUCCCUCGUAAAUCAAUCCUGAAGUCCCGGAGCAGAGAGAACAGUGUUUGCAGCGAUACCAGUGAGAACAGUGCUGCUGAGUUUGAUGACAGACGAGGAGUUCAGAGGAGUGUUAGCUGUGAUGAAGCCACUCAGAGUGACAACAGCGAAGGCAUCCUCGAGGAAGAGGAGGGGGAGGAGAAGCAGCAGCUACCGAAAAAGCUUCCUCCCUCUUCAGGGACAACUGAGGCAUUUUCUGGAACUGUCAUAGAAAAGGAGCCUUUGUCUCCCUCUGCAAUGCCACACCCAGUGCUGGCUCACCCAGUGCUGCCCACCAUUCUGGAGCGCAAAUCCGAGGAGCUCUUGUCCGACGCCCCAGAAGAACCUGUCAAGAGGAUUUCCAAAUUCAGAGCUGCCAGGAUGCAGCAGACUCAGUAGGUGCUGCUGAGCCCAAGCACGAGCCCUCUUGCCUGCCUUCACCUCUCUGGAGAUGGUAUAAAGGCUUCUCUGUAGCACCCAGCAUUACCAGAGUGUCCUGUGGUAAUUUGGCACCGUUAUCUCCUCAACGUUUGCUGGCAGCAUUAGGAAAACAAACAGUUCAGUGUUUGAACACUUGAGUAUUCAUCUUAUUUUGUCGGUUUCCCUGUGUGCUGUCAGCACCUUUGUAUAUGUUUGCCUUACGAUAGCAGCACUUGGGUUCUUUUUUCAAAAACUGUUCCUUACAUACAUUGUUUUUGUGUUUAAAACUAAAUACAGGCAGUUUUGUGCCAGCUGUGAUGUUCUACAUACCAUAUGGACCAUUUUAAGGAAACUUUUCACAUUUCAAAUAGAUUCACCAAUUAUAUUACAUUACUUGCUUUAGCAUUUUAACACACACUUGUAUUCACAUUGCUGUAGGUUUUGCAACUAGGUGUCUGCUAAAAGUUUUUUUCCUUCUUUCAAACCUCUCUGAUAUCUCACUGUACAGGUCUAUAAAAUGCCAGGUUCAUGUACAUUGCAGGGAAGUUUCUUUGAUGGAAAAGGGUAUUUUGUAAAAUUAAAUUUUCAGUAAAAAAGCUGUGAAACUGG